CACCCACAAACAUCGAACCAAACAACCAAGAUGCCAUUGUUUCAAGCGCUGAAGAUAGGCAAGAUCAUGGAUGAUGGAGACUACUUGUUUAAGGAUGUCUCGUUCAGCAUCGAGGAAGGCGAGACGAUCGUUGUGAGGGGACCGAGUGGGUGCGGGAAGUCGACGCUGCUGAAAGCACUGGCACAGCUCAUCAUCUACGACGAGGGCAAACCCUUCCUCAACGGCAAAGCCCCAGAACAAAUGGGCAUCCCACCCUGGCGCACCCUAAUCCAAUACGUCCCCCAACGACCCCCACUCCUCCCCGGAACCCCCCACGACUUCUGGAACACCCUGACCUCCUUCUCCGCUCAAAGGUCCCGACAAACAAGUGAGGACAUCUACGACGACCCAGUGGAGAUCGCGGCCCAAUGGAACGUGCCUCGGAAUCUGUGGACAAGCGAGUUCUCGACCCUCUCUGGUGGCGAAGUACAACGCAUCACACUCGCGAUCGCAGUAGCGCUCAACCCCGCCGUUCUACUCCUCGAUGAACCAACAAGCGCCCUAGACCAGGAAAACACGCGGUUAGUCGAGGAGACGCUCAAGGGACGGAGAAGUGCGAAGGUUUGGGUUACGCACAGUCCGGAGCAGGCGGAGAGGGUUGCGGGGCAGACGUUGUGGGUGGGUGGGGUGCCGGGGGAGAAUGUUGUUGUGCAGGGGAGUGGAAACGGCGAAGAGGCAGGCACGGUGAGAAGAAAGGCGCCGAGAAGACAGCCGAGUGGAUAUGGAAGUGUCAGUCGGGAGUGAUUCAAGCCAAGAAGAUCAUGAUUUACAUUGGUCCAUGCAUACAUGUAUCGCUAUCGUACAAACAAGUAAGCUCGGAGAGCCGGGAUCAAGU